AUGGAGACCAGUCUCAAGCGAUCCGCGACGAUUUCACGCGUUCGAGAGUUGACCCUCCCUUGGAUGGAAGACAUCGAACAAGAAUACGACAUACUCAGGGAAAUCGGAUCUGGGGACUACGGGAAAGUAUCAUUGGCAAGGAACAGGUUCACCUCUACUGAGGUUGCACUGAAAGCCGUACCGAAAGCCGCGACGCUUCUGAGAGACUUCCUCAUAGAGUUCCACUAUUCGUAUUUCCUGUCUCCACAUCCCUGUAUCCUGGAUACCUAUGAUGUCUCGUUCGAGACAACACAUUAUUACUACUUCGCACAGGAAGUCGCCCCCUUAGGAGAUUUGUGGCAGGUCAUCGAACAAGAAGGCGGCUUGGAAGAGUCGGAUUUGAAAAUCGUUUUGCGUCAAAUCGUACCUGCCCUGGAAUUCAUGCAUAGCAAAGAUCUCGUCCAUCGUGACGUACGCGCGGAGAAUAUAUUGCUCUUCACUAGAGAUUUGCGCAAGGUGAAAUUGACGGAUUUCGGUCUUACGAGACGAGCUGGGACUCUGGUCAAGAAACGAACGCGCUCUCUGCCUACGUGUCCGCCGGAGAUUUGGGAAAUGGUUAAUCUCGAAGGGUACCACGUGGAACUCGGCUCAGACGUAUGGCAAAUCGCUAUGCUCAUCUUCAUAGCGUUGACAGACAGAUUUCCAUGGGAUAAAGCCGAUAUCACGGAUCCGAGGUUCAACGAUUUCUUGGAAUGGCAAAAGCGGAGAACGACGCGAACUCCCCGGGAAUUCAAGCGUUUCACGCCUAGACUUCUGCGGAUGCUCAGGAGACUCAUGGAGCAGAAACCUUCAAAGAGGUACGAGAUCACUGAAGUCAAUAAGUACUAUGCUGACCGUUGGAUGUUGCUCAGACAAGGAAGUCGUUUCGAUUUGUCGGCGGACGAUUCACCUCUACCCGGACAGGGAUCAGCGAAUCCCAAUUUGCUCAGUCCGGAUUUCCCGGCAGAGCAGACGAGGAAAAACUCAUUCAAGGGGAGCACGCUACCAAGAUCGAGAGAAACUUCACCCACUCUGAGAUGA